UUUCAGAAAAAAACCUCCUCUCUUUGCGGUUGCUGCUACUCCUUCGAAACGUCUCCUUUCUCUCAAUUCUCAACCUCAUCUUCUCACGCGCCGCCUCCUUUUCCUCUUCAGCCAGCGGCAAAUAUCCAUUUACCUUUCUUUCCCUUCCCUCUCCUCCCUUUAAAAAAACCAAAAAAGAAAAAGUACAAAAGAAAAAAAAGUUUGCUUCUUUAGGAAGGUUUAUCAAAGCACUUGGGUUUUAGUUAAUAUCAGUUAUCUCUCUAGGUUUUGUUGAUUAAUAACAAGAGGAGAGGGAAGAAAGAAAAACCCAAAAAAAAAAGAAAAAAGAGAAAACUUAAAAAAAAAAAGGGUUUUUUUGGGUGCGUUUUAGUUGUUGUUUUAGAAAGAUGGCACAGGUUCAAAUUCAGGGGCAAAAUGUGAGUAUCAACAAUGGAGCUGGAGGGGGGAAUAACCAGUUUGUAACGACGUCGCUUUAUGUUGGGGAUUUAGAUUUGAGUGUGACGGAAACACAGCUUUAUGAGUACUUUAACCAGGUGGGUCAAGUGGUUACGGUUCGUGUUUGCAAGGAUUUGUCAACCCGGAGGUCUCUUGGUUAUGGUUAUGUCAACUAUAACAACCCUCAGGAAGGCUUCCUUGUAAAUCAUCAACCAAGUUUGUCUCUAUCAGCAAGGUGGAGUUGGAGACCAACUCAAGCUGUGGCUUUCCAUAUUACUGCAAGGGCAUUGGACAUUCUGAAUUUCACUCUUCUAAAUGGAAAGCCUAUCCGGAUUAUGUACUCCAACCGCGACCCUAGUCUUCGUAAAAGUGGCUCUGGGAAUAUAUUUAUCAAGAAUUUAGAUAAUGGCAUCGACCACAAAGCUUUGCAUGAUACAUUUUCUGCAUUUGGAAACAUUCUCUCUUGCAAGGUAGCCACAGACCCCUCUGGCCAUUCAAAAGGUUAUGGCUUUGUACAAUUUGACAAUGAGGAAGCUGCCCAAAAAGCAAUAGAGAAGUUGAAUGGUAUGCUACUGAAUGAUAAGCAAGUGUAUGUAGGCCCCUUUGUUCGAAAGCAGGAAAGAGACACUUCUAUUAGCAAGGCAAAAUUUAACAAUGUCUAUGUAAAGAAUCUCUCAGAAUCAACAAGUGAAGAAGAUUUGAAGAACAUUUUUGGUGAAUUUGGUCCAAUCACUAGUGCUGUGGUGAUGAGGGAACCAGAUGGGAAAUCCAAGUGCUUUGGGUUUAUAAACUUUGAGAAUGCAGAUGACGCAGCUAUUGCUGUUGAGUCCCUCGAUGGAAAGAAAUUUUAUGAUAAGGAGUGGUAUGUUGGGAAAGCUCAAAAAAAAUCUGAAAGGGAGGUUGAACUGAAACUUCGAUUUGAGCAGACAAUGAAAGAGGCAGCGGAUAAAUUCCAUGGUGCAAAUUUGUAUGUUAAGAAUUUGGACGAUAGCAUAAGCGAUGAAAAACUUAAAGAGUUAUUCUCUCAAUAUGGUACCAUAACAUCAUGCAAGGUUAUGCGAGACCCUAAUGGAAUAAGUAAAGGAUCUGGGUUUGUUGCAUUUUCAACUCCAGAAGAAGCAUCUAGAGCUCUUGUGGAGAUGAAUGGCAAAGUGGUUGUAAGCAAACCUCUCUAUGUGGCACUAGCUCAAAGGAAGGAAGAUAGGAGAGCUAGGUUGCAGGCUCAAUUUUCUCAAAUGCGACCAGUUGCAAUGGCACCUGCACCUCGUAUGCCAAUGUACCCACCUGGUGGUCCAGGUCUUGGGCAGCAAAUAUUCUAUGGUCAAACACCUCCUGCUAUUUUUCCUCCUCAGGCUGGAUUUGGAUAUCAACAGCAGCUUGUCCCUGGUAUGAGGCCUGGUGGGGCUCCCAUGCCAAAUUUCUUUGUACCAAUGGUUCAGCAAGGCCAGCAGGGUCAGCGUCCUGGUGGCAGAAGGGCUGGGGCCAUUCAGCAAAGUCAGCAACCGGUUCCAUUAAUGCAGCAGCAGAUGCUACCACGAGGGCGGGUCUAUCGCUAUCCAUCAGGGCGUGGUCUACCUGAUGUUUCAAUGGCUAAUGUUGCUGGAGGCAUGCUUGCUGUUCCAUAUGAUAUGGGUGGCAUGCCGAUGCGUGAUACUUCACUUUCUCAGCCAAUUCCAAUAGGAGCCUUGGCGUCAGCACUUGCAAAUGCUACUUCAGAUCAGCAGAGAACAAUGCUGGGGGAGAAUCUCUAUCCACUUGUUGAACAGCUGGAGCCUGAUGCAGCAGCUAAAGUGACAGGGAUGCUUCUGGAGAUGGAUCAGACUGAGGUUUUACACUUGCUUGAGUCACCUGAUGCUCUAAAAGCCAAGGUUGCAGAAGCUAUGGAGGUUCUGAGGACUGUCGCUCAGCAGCAGCAGACUGCUGGUGCUGCUGAUCAGCUGGCUUCGUUGUCAUUAAACGACAACCUUGUCUCCUGAGUUUGAAUGCGUGCUAGAGUUGUCUCCUUAAAUGCUAUGGUAGUGUGGCCCUUGUUGAGUUCAAAUGAAUUGCUUCAUUAGGAGGAUAGAGCUGGUUUGAUUCUAUACUUUUCCUAGUUUGUUUCGGAACUUCAAUACCGUCACUUUAAUGCUUUAUAAUUUAUUGCUGUGACUGAAUAUGCACUUUCACUGCCUUCUAUCUUUUGGAUUGAAUUGAUUGUGUGGUUUUUGGGUGAAAAA